UACAACACAAGGUCACAAGCACCCAAGCGUAGGAACGCAAUGGUGAAGUUCACCGCACGCCGGAGCAUGCCCGAGCCGGUGGCGCCGGCACGGCCAACACCACGCGAGACCAAGAUCCUCUCCGACGUCGACGACUGUUAUGACCUACGAGUAUACUCUUUUGUGAUCGAGUUCUUCCACUGCCGACCAGGCGGCCAUCCGACGACGACGCCGGCGAAGGCCGUCAAGGCGGCCCUCGCGGAGUCUCUAGUGUACUAUUAUCCCAUUGCCGGUCGGCUGAGGGAGGUCCCCGGAAACAAGCUGGUGGUAGAUUGUACCGGAGAGGGAGCGGUGUUCGUGGAAGCAUCGGCCGACGUGGGCCUGGAAGAGUUUGGACAUCCGCCACCGCGGCCACCGUACCCAUGCGUCGAGGAACUCUUAUGCGAUGCAGGCGAUACGACAGUCAUGGUCGGCAAGCCCUUGUUCUUCAUCCAAGUAUGA